CAGUGACAGUAGUGCAGCAACAACACACGAUAAAAGCCAAGCACCUCGGUCGCUGCGAAACUUGCCCUUGUUCCUUUCUUCUUCCUUCCUGUGGUUUACUUUCUUCUUCAUCUUCUUCUUCUUUUUCUUCUCUCCUUUCCUUUCGUUUUUGCUUUCCAGCUUCUUCUUGUUUGUAGUGUUGGUGGGGGAAAAUCAAACCCAUGUUGUUGUUGUUGUUGUUAUUGUUGUGGGGUUGUUGAUUUUUGGUGAUGGUGAUGAUGAUUCGUACUGCUUGGAUCACUGACCUCUUCGCUUGCAUGGGGUGAGCCCCUCCUUUCCCAUGCAGUGGUUGUUUUGGAUGCUGUAUGAAACCAACACCAAUUAUUGCUGUGGAUGAGCCAGCAAAGGGACUAAGAAUUCAGGGCCAGUCAGUGAGAAAACCAACCAUAUCAGAUGGGUUCUGGAGUUCGAGUACUUGUGAUUUGGAUAACAGCACCAUUCAAUCUCAAAAAAGUAUCUCAUCAGUCAGCACAUUAAAUAACAUUCUCUAUCAUAGCAAUGGAACUUCAUCUGCUGGCACCACUGCUGAAUUUGUAAACGAAGGUCUUCUUCUCUGGAAUGAGAGCAGGCUUCAGUGGGUUGGAAGUGGAAGAUCUAAGAAGCAAACCCAACAAAAACGAGAUCCCAAACUAAAUUGGAACACAUCUUAUGAAAGUUUGAUUGGGACCAGACAACCAUUCCCCAAGUCCGUACCUUUAUCCGAAAUGGUCGAAUUCCUCGUUGAUGUUUGGGAGCGCGAAGGGAUGUAUGGUUGAGACUUGAGAGGCUAAAAUGCUGAAUAUGUCUUUUAAGUUUGCUUACGUUUGAAUGCUGUAUUUAACUGAUGAAAGGCUUUGAAUGUAUAGUUGUGCAGAGAAGAUUGAAAGAUCAAACAAAAGUUUGUUCUCCCAUUGUUAUUUUAAACAUAAAGGCAAUCCUUUUGUUUUUUCCCUAAUGUAUAUGAUUCUAUACCAUUUUCAAACUAAAAUCUGAAUGACUGAAUGCAGAAGUUAUUACUGUUA